CUCGCGCUUUCAUUUCCUUCGUCCCUUCGCGUUUGUGUCAGGCUGUCAUUCCAGCCGUCGUCGUCGCCCCGUCAAGAUAUCAUCGAAAGAAGGAAGAAGAAGAAAGAUGCCGAAAUCGCCAGCGCGCAGCGACAGCAAAGUCCAGGAGGACGAGGCUCGGAUUCUCCAGGCUGUCCAGCAGCGGCCCGAGAUCAUGAACACCCUCAACCAGAUCACCCGCAGCCACAAGAAGCAGCAGUCCACGUGGGACGACCUCGCAGCCGAGUUCGACAGCACGACCGAGGUCCUCAAGCGAGUCUGGCUGAAAGCUCGCCAGAGCACGGAACCGAAGAAGGAAGCCGUGCGCCCGAGAUCAGCGCGGUCCAGCCUGGCUGAGCCAACCCGGCGCUCACUUAGAUGCCAGUCCAUCGACAAGACCAUCUCCAUCGCGUCCACGACCGUGCUAUCCUCGGUCGCGCACCGACUAACCGAACGACUCCAAAGGCCGGAGAGCACUGACAACAGUUGCGCGACGAGCAGUUGCGGUGGUUCCCCGGCCCGAUCAGCAGGCAGUCGUCGCAACCUCGAAGCCAUCAACGAGACUUCGGACGACCUCAGAGCCGUGGCCGAGCCGAAACAGGAGCACGAGGAGGAGGAGAAGCCAGUGGAGAAGGAGGAUGAGAAGCCCGACGAGGUCGUACAACCGCAGCCAACGUCGGCCAAGGAGGAGAACGGCGAGCAGACUGCCUUCGUGACCGCGUCCACCUCGUCGAACCUCGCGAGAUACCUCGAGUCGACUCUGCCGGCCGAGAGCAAGCAGAGCCGCCCACAGCGAUUCUCCGAGCCGGCCCCGACGCCGAGAACAGCUCACGGCGUUAACAAUCCCCAGCGUCGGACUAACCUCUGCAACAAGGCUCUGAUCAGACCGAAGGGACAGCCCGUCAAUCCCGAAGAUCCGACUUGGGUCUUCUUCGAGAGCAUGGGACUGACCGUGAUGAGCUUUCCCCAGCACUUGCAAGCUUCCAUCAAGGUCCAGGUGUCCAACAUCGUUCACGAGAUGGAGUACGAUCUCAGCCUGCCCGGAAACACUCAGGUUGACAAGAGCGUCGCCGUCAUGGUCGGCAGUUAGGUUAGCUUCAGUUUAGGAGGAGUGUGUUCCUCCACGCGUUAUUGUUGUUGUUAUCGAGCUUGUUUGCCGUUCCAUUGUUGCGUUCAAUAAAAGUUUCGAUUGAUAAUCAGA